UUAUUCCAUUCUCUAGUUUUCCAUUUAUAUAAUAAAAUUUAUAUAAUAAAAUUACAGCGCACAAAUGUAAAAAAUGUAAAAAUUUAGUUAUUACUGAGUUAUUGCCUUCGCUCUAAAUUGUAUUAUCGCUCAGAUAAAGUAAAAAUUGAUAGUGCGUCAGAGGAUUAAUCACGAUCGUGUUGCAUUCAUACGAGUGCACUGGCAGAACGUUUAAAUGAAUUUCGUUCGACCUAUCUGUGUAUCAGUAGCACGAUAACCGUUAUCGAUAUUACGUCAAAACGGUCGAACGAGAGAGUUAAAAAUGUAACGUAUUCGCGUACAACGUAAUAGCACUUGACGGACUGGAGGAGCCACUUGCCGUUUUUCAGAGAUAGCUCUAACGGAAUAACCAAAAUAUCUGCCUCAUCUCGUUGCAUAAUAGGCAAGUUCAUUGAUGUCAAUCAAAUUUUUCAAGAGAUGGCAAUAUGUCAUAAAUUCAACCUGUAUAUUAGCGAUUUUUGACACGAUUUAACAAAGAGGAAAUAACGAUAGGUAAAUUGUAAAAAGAACGAUAAGAAAUGUAGCUACUCGACUUUCCAUUGAGAUGAAACGAUUUGACAAUUGUAAUAAAAAGACAUUUGCGGCAAUGCUUGCGCAUUCGUUUGAGUAAGCUUUAAUUAGAGAAAUCCUAAUUUAAGGUGACAGGUUGAAGCAUGUCGAGGUCGGGAGUCUUGUGUGUCUGAGCGCGUUUGACAAAUUGACGGUAGACCUUUACCAUGGUUCGUUAGCCAAAACUACAGAAGUACCUUCCAUUAAUGACAUGAAAUAGCAUAAGCAGAUAAGUAUAUUUGUCAUAAUAAAAAGCAGGAUUAAAUCUGUCUUCAUUUUAAAAUAUUUAUAGUAAUAUAUUUACAAUAUAUUUACAAGUAUUUAAAAAUCGAGCCAGACAUGUAAUUUGAGAACGAUUCAAUUCAAAGUUGGAAAUUCAACGGAAAUUCUUAGUGCAAAUUUUUUGCAAGUAUAAUUUCAAUGGCGUGUGUAGCGGUUUUUUUCAUAGUCGACGGUGUGAUUGCAUUACGUAUACAUGAACCACACAGCACAAAAAGAAUGUAUAGAAAACGCUGGAAUAUUCUUACUUAACAUUUUAGACACGUACGGUCUUGUUUUAAUUCUAUGUCGUAUUCAACUAAAAAACUAGAUUAUGCAGAUAAUAUGGAAGCAAAUUAGCAAUUUAUACUUAAAAUCUUAUUAUUGCUGAUUCUUAAGAUCAUUUUUUACGUAAAAUGAUUGUAAAACGCACAACGACAUUGUAUUAAAGUGGAAGUAAAGUAAUUUUCAAUUUCGUGUAUAUAUUAUAUAUUUUAAUAACAUUGUCAGUAUGCGAUAGUAAUAAAAUAUAAAAUGUCUUUGAAAAAUGACUUUAAACUUUGUUACUAAUAUUAUACUGCUUACGUUGUUAAACCAAAUAUGAGCACAGAGUUGUAAAGUACUUUCUUCUUACUUGGAUAACGCGAUCAUGGGCGCAAUAAAAUUUUAAAUAUGACAGAUGUUAUAAAAUUCUUCUUCAUUAUUAAUUCAAUAGAAAAGAUAUAUUAUAAAGUUCUUCUUCAUUAUUGAUUUAAUAGAAAAGCUGAACUUUCUGCGUUUUGAGAAUUAAAGCAUCCAGUAUCAUGCUUUGACACGACAUGUUUAAAUAUUUUAACAUUUAUUGUCUCUAGCAUCUUGUUAACCAUCUGAUGAAACUUUGGUCUGCAAACAGAAAACCUGGUGGCAUUUGAAAACGCAUUUUCACGAGGACAAUACUUUUCCGACAUACAAAAAAUGCUUGGCGAGGAACAGUGCGUCAUCGUUUUUACCGUAUGAGAUGUUUGUGCAGAUUUAACAGAUCACGUUUGCGACAUCGAUCCUGGCCCUACAUCCAACAGGUUCACGAAGUUUUUAAACUGGUUAUAUAUUGACGGAUUGUAAACUGCGUUUAUUUAUGAGUAGCUUUUUUGAACAAUGUAUUUUUAAUAGUAACCGUAAACGAACGGAUAAAAUUGUUACAUGCAAAAGCUGUACUGAUUGUCACCUUCCAGUUUUAUGACACGACAAAAUCCUAUCAAAUAAAGCACUUACAUAGUAAAGAGAUAUUUUUAAAUUAACGGUUAGUAAGACACUAUAUAAAGAAAAUUUAUAAAGAGGACACAAAUUACAUAUGUUAAAAGAGAAAAUAUUUGUUAUCCAUAUUUGUUAUCCAUUUAAAGUAAAUAAUAAUCGGAAAAAGAGAUGGAUAGGUAAUUUACACAUUAAUUAUCGAUAUAAUAAAAUAUUCACGAGAAAUUCUAUACAGAGUUCCGAUAAGCUCCACAUAAGAGAGUUUCCUUAAAAAGUUCCACCCACCGCGUCGCAAGUUUCCGAGCAUGAAAGUCAGCGUGAAAUUUUUCAGAAACCCGCCGUAUAUAAAGCGGAAGAAACAAAAGCAGAACGAACCGUUAAGCCACGAGACGAUGGAACGGCGAAAAAGAGGGGAGGAGGGGGAUUUGAAGAUGAAUGGAGAACGCGGGAGGGUGCAAGGAAAAAAGAAAAGCUCUAUUAAGGAGGACCCCUUUCGUUCACGGUGUCGCGUCGACCGGGCGAUGGUAGGAAAAGUUGCAGAAGAAGAAGAGGAGGAAGAAGAGGGAUGGCCGCGAGGGGAUGAGCGGGACGGCCGGAAUAAGAAUGGUACGGGGAAUUUUUCGCGUUGAAAGGAUUAUGGCGAGCCCCAUGCCGGGCUCAAAGAAGCGCACGCGAUAAUCGGCGACAUAAUUUUCCGCUGCGUCGUGUUCUUUCGUCCACUGCUUUCCCUGCUCGAACGACAAAACGUUUUCCCGACGCGCUUGACGUUCUUGUCGCGCGAUCGAGCGUAUAAAUGUUAAAUCACGGAAUGACACGGGGACUUGAAACGCUUCGAUCGCGCAUAUCAGACGUCGAAUUUCAAGCGAUUACUAUCGAUCUCACAUUCACUGCAACAGUAAAUGAAACAGUAUUCCGGAUGUUGGAAUACCUGGCAUUAUUGUCAUUAUCACUGAUGCACCAAUUUAUUGUACAUGUUAGGAAAUGUUUAAAUGAAUGACGUAAUUCUUGCAGCAGUUUGAGUGUACGUCGCGCAGCGAUAAUGACAAAAUGCGCGCUCAGAAAUAACCACCGCGACAAUUCCAUCGCAUCGCUCUCGCUAAAAAUGUGGAAUCCGCACUCGGCAGAGAGAUCGGCGAUAUUAAAGAUAUAGCUAUAUGCAACCGGAAGGGGGGCAUAUUCGGCACACAGAUAUUUCCACGUUGCAUAAGACAUAAGCUCCGCUCUUUUCCGCGUCCUUCCGCCGCGCUCAGUUCAUCGUCCUUCCGUCCCUCCUCUCCCUCUGCUUAGCGCUUGAAAAGCGCAAACCUCAUAUCGUACGUCGGCAAAUAUUCAUAAGUUAAAUAUCGCCUCUCCGCGGGAGGUAAGGACUCGUGAUAUAACAUCGACGGUAUUACGUUCCUCGUGGCGGCGAACUUCCGUGCGUACGAGCUCGCGCUGUUCCGCGCGCGCGGAAACGGCCGUGUCGCCGUUCUGCCUAAGAUGACUUAGGCGAGACAACUUCGGCAUUUUAUCCACGUCGUCUCGGCGUCUGGCGGAUGUCAAGGCUGCCUUCCCGAGUUGGGUGUGAAACACGUUGCGAAAUGACGUUAUUACGGGCGAGAUUCCAAGACGGUGAAAAAGGAAGCGGGAAAAACGAUUGGCGAGACGAGCAGAGAUUUAUCCUCAUAAGUCGCUUGAACCAUUUGACCCUCGAAAGUUCGCGCUAAUUGAUAUGUAUGUAGGUAAUGAAGAGAGAUAUACCUUACAUAUUUCUCGUGACGUUUAGGAAAGGGAAUGUUAUCAAAUGUAACAAUUUUUCAUAAAAAUCAUAAUUUAGUAAGUGAUUCGUUGUAAUUUUAUUAUUUCGAUAAUCUUUUAAUUGUACAGUUUAUUUAGAGGCAGAUAGCUUUAUUCUUUUGUUUUGAAUGUUUUGGAUAAUCAAAAAUAUCUUUUUAUAUGAAAUAUUUUUUUACAUGAGAUAUUUUAAGAAUAUUUCUCUCCCCUGUGUAUAAUUAAAAUUUAAACAAUUUUAAAUCACUAGAACAAAGAAAUAAUAUGUGCAUACCUGCAGUAGUAUCUUCUUUUAAAACAGAUUUAUUUGAUAUUGGAAAAUAUGGAAACAAUUUUCUUUUUAUUCUUUUCUUUUAAUUCUUCAACCUCAAUUCUAAAAAUGUCCGAUACAUGACCAAUAUUUUUAUGAAAAAUAUCGUGGAAAAAUAAAGCUAUAUGCACAAUUUACUCCAGUGGAUUGUUGCAAGAUUAGUUUGAUAAUAUUGGUACCGUAUAUCAGUUUCGCAUAUUCACAUUUAUUUGUUCAAGUUUCGUAAAUUUAGAAGAAUUUAAAAUCAAGAUCAAAUUUUUUCGCAAGCUCCUGGAAAUUGCGGAACCAUUCGCAACACGAUGGAAGAGACGAGCUGAUGUUCCAUCACGAAUUGUGACGAAACUUCCAAGAAGUGACAAAAUAGACAAAGUUACUUGCACCUCUGAGAUGAGAUUGUUGUCCCUCGAGAUCGGAUCGAGCAUUUGAAAUUUCCGCGAGAUCAUUCGUUUGUAAAACUUUAUAUUUCAUCUCUUUUAUGUAAUCCAGAGAUUUUUCUAUUUUAAAGUAUUCCUUAUUCUAUUAUUUUUAUGUACAUACUUAGAUAAAUAUUAAAUAAAUAUUUUGCGCAAUUAUGUUGUGUAUAGUAUAAACAUAUAAAUAGCUUUGCCACAAAAUCUAUACAUUUAAGAAAAAGAAUGAGAUAAGCCUUGAUUAAACUUGAAGAGUAUCUUUGAAAACUACAAAUAGCUUACAUAUGUCAUAUCAUUUUGCACAAAAUCUAAUAAAUGUUCUUCGUUACAUAUAACUGUUCCGAACAUUUAUUCUGCGGUUAUCUUUCUCGUCAUAUUUCCUAUCCUGAUCUGCAAAUAUACUAUUCUAUGUCAAUACGUCGAUAGAAGUAUUCGACUAUGAACGCGUCUAUCAACGCAAACAGUAGGCAGUUACAAUAUUUAUCCGCGGCAACUAUGCUUUCGUGCUGAUAUAACUUGACUGGUCCGGACUAAUUUCGUCUAUCGUAACUACAGCGAAUCUACGAGACCGCGAAAUAUCUGCCGCAUAUCGCGGCAAACAGUUGCAAAACUUGUACAAAACGCUGGCAAACGGGAGAAGUUGCUCCGCACUUCAGAAUGAGAUUAUUUCUGGAGUUCAGUGUGGACCUCCGGAAGUGCAACGAAGCAAUUCUGUACCUGGAUUCGGCCUCAUGUGAGAGAUAGGGAACUAUAGUGAGAACGAGUAGAAGAUUGUAUCGAUUAUUCGGUUAUGAUGGGUCGCCCGAGCUAAUUUAAAACAAUUCGACAUUUUUACAAUGUAUUCUAAUAUAUUAUAUAAUAAUUAUAAAUAGCUCUAAAGCUUGCAUGUGCGACUAUCAGAUCGCGUAACAAUUCCGCUAAAAAUUUGCUAUGUUAGCAAAUAGCUGGGCAAUUGUUCGCCAACGAUCAGAUCACUAUCGGUUUCGAUAUCCUGGAACGUCCGGACCGUCAUUGCUGUUAGUCCUCGCCUUAGUCCUCAUCACUCUGAUAGGGGAUUGAACAAAGACUUGGAAUCGAAUGGCGAAAUUAUCCUGCUUCGUAUACCUGCCAUUGGAAAGACAAUCGACUCAUGGCUAGAAGAGCUCUGUUGCAAGUUCUAUGCUUAUACUCGCAACCUCUGGGCUCUAUUGCAUCAAUCGGAUUGAAUCCCAUUGGAAUUCAUCUUCAAACGCAUAUAACUUAUCUUUCAAGGAAACGCUAAACGUAAAAUAUAUUUUUAUCGCGAAACGUACAUGUUAUUGGUCUCUCGUUCUAAAUUUAUAUAAAAUUGCUUGCUGUCGUGUUUGCUCUUUAUGCGUUUUUUAUAUUAUUUUAUUUUACCUUUUAUGUUUUUCUUUUUUGUCAGUUUAUCUGUAGAUUCUAUUUUUUACUAGUACUUUUCUAGACUUGUUUAACUUUCAAUAAAACGCGAUAAUUGCAUUACGAAUAAUCUGACGCGAAAAAUAGCACAAGAAUAGAACAGAAGUACAAAGAAUAUGAUAAUGAGAGUAAGAUAGAAGAACAAGCAAACUUGAAUAUCUCAGAAUUUCAGCAAUGGGGUAACUUUUGGCGAAAGUGGAGUCGAUUAUUUUAAUGCAUGGGGAAACAAUGAUACACUUGGGAAGAGUUUAAGGAGCCAGGAGAUAAACAAGACAACGAAGGGUAGAAACCCUCGUCCUCGUUUAUGAUUCCAUUACAUUGCCGGUCUGUCCCUUUGGUCCUAGAAAGGGUCGAUCGAGGAUGUUAUCUACGAUUUUGUGGAUCAAAGCAACGGAGUUGCACAGUCAGGGAUUUCAUAGUGGAUAUCGUAAUGGUGUGUGAUUUAACGACUAAGCCCGAAGAAAAGUCCAGUAACAAUUGCUAGAACGAUACUGGCUGAAAUAAUGCAUACGCGACGACUGAAGAAAAUAUUACACAGAGUUUACAAAGGAAAUAUUGCAGAGCUUUAACAGAUUGCUUUAAUACUGCAGAUUUUUACAUGUAUUCAAGUCAUCGUAUCGAAAGUGUACGUACAUGAGGAAAUUAAAUUCUACAAAAACUGCAGAACACAAACUUUCGACAAUUCACGUACGAAUUAAAAAGAAGCAACUCACAAAAGCAGAUAAUUAAUAAAAAUCUCGUAAAGCAAUUUUCGUCGACGAAAUAUUGAUUUAGCGUUCAAGGAAAUAUCGCCGAAUAUAAUGUAACAGGAGCGAAUCGUGACGAAAGAGGAAGCCUCGAAAUGAAGGCACGUGAUUAAUAAACUCGAGAAUGUAAUUUCACUAAAAGCUGCGGUAACGAGCUAGCGGAGACGAUUACCAAAUUUUGUAUCAGUCUGAAACCUGCGAAGUCAGCGUUUCCGAUUUUCGGUCUAAUUAAUUCUGGAUUACGAAUACAUUAGCGUUCUGCUCGUACGUUUAAUAACCUAAUACUUAAAAUAAGUCUACGUUCUUAUUUAUGAAAAAUGUAUUUGUUUUAUUUAUUUCAAUCAUUAUUGUAAGUGAAUAAUAAUGCAUGCCGUUUGCGAACAUGCAUAAUAACGUGGAAAUAUUGUUUGUCAAUCAAAUCCAAAACUAUCUAUACAUAAUUCUUAUAGAAUUAAUUAAGUGUAGAAAUUAAUUGUAGAAAUUAAUUAUGCUCCAGAAUAGGUAAUAAAAAGCAAUUUCUUAAGAAAAUUAAGCUUAUUAGAGUGAGAGGAAAAAGGAAAAAUUUAAAAAGAUCAAAGGCAUAAUGAGAAGAUUUGCAGCUACAAAAGAAAAAGAAUUAUGUAAAAGAAAAGAAUUAAUACUUAAUUGAUUGCCCAAGAAAAAUGUAAUGCAAAUGUACUCAAUGAAAUACCACUCGUUUCUUCCUCUUUAACAAUAAGGCUCAAAUAUAAUACAUAUCGACGUAAAGACUAAUCUCUUAAUAGCACUUUUCUUCUGAAAAAAGCGAACAAAUGAUAGAUAGCAACAUUAAAAUAAUCGACGUAGUCGAAUCAAAUCGUCUGUGUUUUUCGCGUGAUAUGACGAAAUAACGACAAACGCGGAUUUCUCUAUCUAGUCGCUCGUGAUUUUCUCAGGGUGCAAAAGAUACCUCUCGGCCGGUAGGUAUCGCACGGGAGUGCACGGAAUUCUUCCCCUGUCACGAAAGUUCCGCUUGCUGUGCAAGCUGCGGAACCGUCGCGUCGUCACUUGUACCGCACACCUUCAUACCUCGUGGUUUGAGGAAUAUCGGUUUUCAAUUUGCAUUCUCCCAAUAGCUGGUCAUGCAUCAUUCCAAAGUUGCGAACCAUCGCGAACGUGCGCCAUGAAGCAGACCCACCCACUUGGUACUAUGGCGCCGGGUCUCCAGUGAAAAAGAACGAGACGAUAACGCUUGCAAAAACAAAGUCUCGACCAGCAAGACCAAAAGUACGAAGGCGAAUGACGAACUCGAUCCAGAAGCGAAUUGCGCUUCAGAGAACCGGUCGAUAAAUAUUUGAUGGCGUCUGAAAGCAAGUUAAUAUUGUAGACGUGCUCGCGUACUUUUGGAAAAGCACUCACAGGUAUCGUAUUCGGUGCUCGAUCGAUUAGACGCGCGUGCACAUAUGUGUGAUCAACGGGACAAUCGUGAUUUUGUACGUGUAUUUUAUUCCCCUUAAGCCGUGAAACGUUUCCGGAAAAUUAUAGAUAUCGGGAAACAAUAAGAAUCUUUUCUUCAUUUCUCAAGAGAUCUUCUAGUAUAAGAUAUAUAAUAUUGUGAGAUAUAAAUUGUCUAGCAUUGUAGUUCUUUAUAGCAUAAGUUUCUUUCUCUCUUACUGUCUCUCUCUAGUGUUUGACAUGUGAACUGGAAGCUUUACGAGCUAACACUAAUUUUGAACUCGGUGUCACGAAAAAGUAUUUAUGAAUCGGUCCCCAGAAAGACAAAAGAAGUGCUAGACGCAACACUCGGGGAUCAAUGGAGUUUAACCACUUUGUUCUGGGUAGAGUUAAUAAUGAAGCGGGACUGAGGUACCUCUUCCAUCCUGGUUCUUGCGAUGGCGAAACUUUGGCCUCGGAUUCUCGGCGAAAGUUUCGCGCUGUUGCGGGAGUUGUAAGACGUGCACAAAAAGUUUUUAUGCUGAUAGACCGUGAUAAUCAAACGUAUCAUAUUAGGUUCAGCUAACCGAUAUGAUGCUUGCAACGUCACUUUUAAGAAUUAUGCGAGAAUUGCAAGAAUAAUUAUAUAUCGAUCGCGCGUUCUUUUAAUUAUACGAUUAACAUGAUUAGAAGAAGAUAAUGAAAACUUAUAUAAAAAUACUGAAAGGUAAUAAGUAUACAAAUACAAUUCACGUUUUCCUUCUAAACAUUCCAAUUUAUUUGAAUAUAAAGUUGUCAACUUCUAUUUGAUUGUUUCUCGAAUGUCAUUAUUGGCGUGUACUGAAAAAUUGGCGCGUACUGUAAAUUUGACAGUGAAAUCGACGCUAUAUUUGGCGAAAAUUUCGUAUACGCAAAACUGUGACUGAAAAAUCACGGUUUAACUUCAGUGUAAAAUCAACGUAGAUAGAACUGUUAAACUGUGGUAGAUUGUUCGUUGAAGUGCGCUUCAGCGGCCAUUUAACGUGAUAGUUGGCGAGCGCUCAUCGAAUCGGUCUUUAUUUAUCGGCCCAGCGGAAAAUCGUUUCGUACCGCGGCACGUCGAAAAGCUUUGGAAGGUGGAAGCACGUUUGAGAGGAAAUUAGAUCGGGCAAUUUCCGUGUCCACCAGCGGCAUGGUUGGUGAGGAUGGGGUCGAAUGUCGAGGCGACAGGAUGUCGAGAGAAGGUAUAGGUUGCACGACGUGCAGCUAACCAUCUCGUAUUUAUUUGAAUGGUUGAAUGGUUGUGUGCGAAAUUAGACCGUUUGAAAGGAUUAAAUUAGAUUGUGUUUAACUAAUGGCGCAGACCGAGAAAAAAUUAAAUGAGAGGAAAAAGAAAGAGAGAGAAAAAGAGAGAGUAUUACUGGAGAUUGUAUUACUGGUUAGGCGGAUAUUUGGGUUCCUGGCGGAAUAUGCUUUAAAUUCCCGUCACAUGUGGCAUCCAGCUUUAGCCGUUUUCCUCUAAACGCGAAAAAGCCCACGCGGAAUAUCCGUUCUAUUUAAAAAUGACAGAAUUAUACGGAUCGCAUCGACACUCGAAUAUCAAUGAAGAUACUGUAUCCUUAUCGACAAAAAUUCCAGCAAAGAACUAAAGCUUACUACAAGGACCAGCGAUAAAGAAGACUCGCGAUGACAUCGCAUGUGGAAGUCUUUCCUCCCCAUAUUAUCGUGAUCAUAAUGUCUCGGAUGCGAUGUAGAACAACUUAUUUCCCCUUCGCCCUCAUCAGCAGGCCCUCGAAAAUCGUCGGGCCGAUGAUUAAGCGAGCGGCCCAGAAGCGGAGGCUCGUGCGUAAGCUGUGACACCUAACCAUGCGCGCAUCCCAGACAGGGUAAUUAAUCUAGAGCCCAUCGGGCGCGGCCACCGGCACCACCACCGUCGUCGCGGGCAGGGGUGGCAGAAGUGGCAGCGGUGGUGGUGGUGACAAAUUACCUGGACGCGAGCGGCGUCCGCGUCGCGGAUGCAGUUGGUACGAGCUGCCCGGCACGCUUGGCAGGUACAGUUGGCGUACCAUUGCGGUGUGUACCAGUCGCGAUCCUCCAACGGCGAACCCGCGAGCGGAACUUCCGGCCGCGUAUCACGCGCGAACAAAACGAGUUGCGCGGAUAUUCGUUCCCAUGAACGUGAUUCCGCCGAUAGCCAAGCCCGAGUUCCAGGGGGUAAAUAAAGGGACGAAUAGGUCCAACUACGCGAGAUUGGCCGACUAUUAUUUAGCUGAUGCGUUAGCUCAAUCAAAUUAAAAAAAAAGAAAACGAUUUUUUCACAAGCGGUUUCCGCGUGAUUUUAAACGUAAGAAGUAAGUCUCUGGGAAAGUUUCCGAUGAAUGUGAACGACAAAUGUAGAUAAAAGUGCAGUUUUUUUUUAAACUGCAUUUUUUCAAACUGUAAUUUUCCUAUGGAGAUUCACUGCAGCCGUCGAUUUGUUUGCUUGUCGGGCCGUAUGACAAAUGAUCACAGAAGCGGUAAAAGUUACAGAGUUGUAAAAUCUGCGUGCUAUUUCAUCUAACUAUUUCAUGUAACAGAAUGGGUUAGUUUUCAUAUAAAGUUCAAAUUUAUCCAAUGGACAUUGAACAAUGUAUCUUGCACAAAGAACGAAGAAAGAUAUUGCUUCCGUAAACUUUUAUUUAUGACGCGUAUUCUUGAUUAGAAUCUAGCCGUAUAUCGCUAUCGAUCCGCUGGUUGUCUCUUUCAUCUUUCAUCCUUCAAAAACAUGUCAAACGGAGAUUGACAAGCAUAAAGACAAAUUUGUAUACAAACUAUUCUCAAUAUUGAAUAUAAAAUAUGGCAUAAAGUUCCAAAAAUAUAUUUGAGAAAUGCUUGCUAAGAAUUUAAACGUUUAGGCUGAUUUAUUCAAAUAGUAUUUUUGUAACAAUCGAGAUCUUAUGAUUUAAUGAUUAAAUGAUUUGUCAAGAUAAAAUGAUAACAAUUAACGUUCAUCUAACAACUAUUUCUAACUUACCAAAAAACAACCGGCGUGUGCUUUAUUCGAUUAUUUUCCAUGCAUAGAUAAGUUAUUGUCAAGUGACUCGUAAAUUAAAUUAAUUGCAAGGCGUUAUACGAAGAGACAACGAUGCUGCAUGGAACAAACGGAGCGAUAUUGGUGGAAAUGUUAGCAACCAUGUGGCACAGUUUCUGGGUUAACACCGACCGUUUCAAGCAGAGAUUAUGCAAAUUCGUCCCGAUAUCCGCCCGAAAAGCCCGCCAGCCGGGCACAAACGACACGACCGAGUGCCGAAACGAAGAUAUCUUUGUAUAUAGUGGCGAUCAGCGGCGGUGCUUCAAGAAUAAAAUAACACAUACAUAACCGUCCUUAAUCGGAGAGUCUGCUCAUAAAAUUUUAUCGAACUUGAGAAAAACGGAUCGAGACCGUGAGGAUGAGAUUAAAGGCCCGCCAGGAGGUCUCUUCGAUCCGAUUGAAUCCCCGGAAGGAUAUCGGGAUACCGUGAAAGAACUAGAAGACUUGCGUUUCCUACGAAAAGAUGGGUAUGAUACUUGUAACAUCUUUUGUUCGUGUUCGAUAUAACCGAAAGUUUUCACCGCCGCGGAAAAAGCUAUUGCAACUUGAAGCGAUCCGAAAAACGUUCGAAACUCGGUGCCUGCGCUCUCAUCACGAGGAAAAGCAUCUGGCGGAAAAUCGCUGCGGGCUAUUAAGGCUCGAAAGUGAUUAAUUUGCAGAAUCAAUUGAAAAGAAAACAGAAAGGAAGACGAGGGGAAAAAUAAAUCGCGCAGAAAAUUCUCCGUCCGGGAUACCGUGCGGGGGUUGCGUUGGCGCGCGCGCGCGUGCGACCAUGGCGCGUCAUCGGUAUCUUUUAACGAUGGCACUAAAAGCUCCAACAGAUCGUUAGAACAAGUAUCGGGUGCAGCACGUUCGCGGCUGGCGUAAGCUUUACCGGUCGUUGCGUCGGCAUUUCACCGCAUUAAACGCGCCAGCUCUCGCGACUAACGAUAACCUUUCAACGAUGACUGCGUUCCGGCCGAGUGCUUCCGGUUCGUAUAAGCGCGCGAUACAUCUACGUAACACACGCUCGCACAGCUGGCGAACGCUCCAGUGCGCAACGUAUGACACCGCACCCUCCGUCAGACUCGAUUUAUCACUCGCUUGUACUACCAUCGGUCCUGCUGUUGCUACGACUAGACUAGUUAUUCGUAAUUACUCGCGUGAUGGGGAAGCUCGUUUCUCAAAGUAGAUGAAUAGACUGACGGAUGGAGAAGUUAUAUCUUUCCCACGAGACACGACGCUACGUGCUGACGUUACGCGAAUUCUUUAUGUACAAACGGCGUUUCCGCUCACGCGAGGAGCAACGAGCAAAGAGCGGACGUCAUGAGCACUCCGCGAGCUAAUUUAUCUCCGGAACCAACGCGGAACCUGAAGAUCUGAAAAAUUUAUUAAUAUUGUAAUAUAUCGAUGCAUUGAUGUACACGACAUUCUCCAUUAAAGAUGAGUGUAAGGAAAAAAAGGAAAUAAUGCAGAGAAAUAUAAUAAAUAUUGUACAACUGCGCGAGAAAUCUUAAAGCAAAAAGUUUUCAUGUGAUUUGUACAAAGGUGAUAAUGGAAACGCGAAAAACAUGCAUGAGACUCUAAACUCCAAUAACGAUGAAAUAGGGUGAAAAAUAUAAACGGGCGUAACGUUAGAAUUGUAAAAUAAACACGUCACGUUCCAGUCAUAUUUUCCUUGAGCCCUUGAGCCCAUUUCGAAAUUCAGAAUUACAGCGUCCUCGAAAUAAACGGUUCAUGUUAUCGCAGCCUGUGUGCACUCGAAACAUAUCAAGCUAAAAAUGAAAUUAUAAAAAUUUCGUGAAAUACACUACAACGGUCAACUGAGAUAUCGCGACGAAAAUUGGGAGGAAUAUAAUCGGACUUUCGGCCAACGAUAUGGCGCUCAUCAGGAACAACUUGCAAAUGAGUAUCGCGAUGACGAGGCCGAGGGUAAUCGCCCGUUAAAUGAUCGCGCUCGCCACGCGCGAAAGGACCGUGAUAGCGCGUGUGAUAAAGCACGCUCGCUCGAGGGUUGCAGCCCCAUCGAUCUUCUCUCCUAAACUGCUUUUUAUUUCUUGCCGAUCCUGUCAUUCCUGGAUGUACGACACAAUUUGUCGAUCGAUACCCUGACAAAUGGGAGACAAACUCUAGUCACGCUGAGACAGGGUAUUGGACUACCUUACUGAUAACAACUAAAACUUUCCUGUUAAAGCAUCUACGACACGCUACACGAUACUCGGAAGCGGUGUACGUUAUUAGUGUCGCGCACAGCAUGCGUAUGGAGAACAGUCAUCCCUCUUUCUUCCCCUCCUUCCUCUCUCUCUCUCUCUUUCUCUCUCUCUCUCUCUCUCUCUCUCUCUCUUCCCCUUUCCCAUCUCAUUUCGGCCAACUCCCUAUCACGUCACGCAGCAUCGCUGCGCCACGGUCCUCUCCCCGGCUCCCUAUCGAUGGUACAAUAUGUACGGUACAUUGUAAUCUAUGGGCAGGCUAGCGCCUAGGUCGCCGCCGGCAAUGAUGAUAUCAAAUGCAGUGAUUGACGCUCCGUUCGCCGUAGCCGCAAUCCCAUACCCCGUGGCCAGGCAAGCGCGCGACCAUCAUCGCCAUCCCCAUCGCGCCGCCAUCACCGUACGCCUGCAGUCGCAUCGUGCGCGCAACGACGUGGAGAGGCUGGAUUAUCCCGGCGCGUGUGCGCGCGCGAUUAAAUCCGAACGACCCGCUGAACCUUCGUUCGCGCGAGCGUGAAACGAAUCUACGUCCAGAACGCGAGUUUCACGCUGGCCCGGUGACACGAGUGCGUUAAGUGGAGUAUCGAUUCUACUCCGUUCGAUGCCCGGUCAAAAACUGAUCACCGCCAUCACCGGCUAUAUUCGUCCUAUUCGCUGUUUGCUAACGCGUUCCUGAUUCUGGGUCAACCGCAAUCGAUCACGAGGGCUUCACGUUACCGCCGUUAAAAGGCGAGGCUCAUGAUUCUGUAUCUCGGUAUAAAUGACCAAUGUGCGUGGUCAUCUGCUCGAACACGUUCACAACGCGGGACAACAACGGACGUUUCCCUCGAAUCUUCUUUGAAGAAUCGCUCUUUGCUGUUCAGUGAUAAGAGAUGCACGGGUUCGUCGAUUCGACCGAAGCAAAUAUCUUCUCGCAUUUUUACGUUCGAGAGUGCGCUGCAGCACUCUCGAAAGGUUCCUGUGAAUUCCCUCCGAUCACGCAAAGAGAAGGAAGACAAAAAUCGGGAAAUGGCCAUCUCUCUUUUCGAGCCAACCAUUUUCGGGACAGCAACCUCGGACCUGAAUCCCAAGGAUGGGAAUAGCCGGGAGUGCCAUUGCAUCGUAGAAUGAUCUCCCGACAAUCUCUUCAUAAAGCGAUGUGUAGAUAUUCGUCACCGGAUUGGCAAAUGGAGUUCAACGUUACCUUAGAUUGGAUACAUCCCAACGAAAUUUUUGUAAAACACCAGCUUCGUGCAAUGAUUAUCAGAAUUCAGAAGAUGAUGGCAGAAAUUGAGAUGAUCAAAUUCAGGAAUAGGUCGCUAUGGGAUUGUCGAGUCUAUAAAAACCCACUCAAGGAAAUUGUUAUCGAUAUCGAGGAUCCCGCCGAAAUCGAAAAACUGAUAGCGAAAGACAAGAAACGGCGUCGUGACUGGCAUAAACCCACAUUGUCUUACGGCAGGAAUUACAAAGAGGAUUCUCUUGAAAAUCAAAAUGCAUCCGACGAACAAGAUGCUAUACGAAACAUCAACUUGAACUCUGUGGAACCAUUCCAGCGUUCAUUGGGAUACGAUUAUAAAAUAGAAAAGGAUUUACUGAAAUCUAAUGACAAUACUACUUCUGAAAUAAAUAUCAAUGAUUGCGUUGACUUAAAAAAAAGAAAAAAUGAAAAGAAUAAUAUCAUUAUGAGCAAACCUAGAAGAGAAACUUCAAACGAAGAAAGUAAUUAUUAUAGUGAUUCAUAUAUAUACUCACUUCCUUUGAAAUCCUUGAAAAAAACGAAAAAAACAUAUUUCGCAUCAGACCCAGAUUUAAAUGUAAGUGACUUUAAAUACAAAUUAAAGAACAAUUAUCGUAAAGAGAACGCUUUUGAGAAUAAUAUUGAAAUGAAGAGCAAAAGUUCAUCGUCCGAGGAACUUAUACCAUCUGAUGAAUCUGAACUAAACCAAGAAGACGAAAGAACAAAUAAAAAUUGGAAUUGGAAUAUAAACGCAAAUGUAAAUACUGCCAGUAAUAAACAUGGAAAUUGGGAAAAAUUCGUAGAAAAGAUAUCAAGAACCAAUAUUAAUUCACAUAUGGAUGUGAAUUCGGACUUAUCAACCAAAAACUCAAACCCCAACCGCAUCCCAACUUUUGACAGUAAAUCUGAAGAGAUUUCCCUAGGUAGUAAUUCUACAGAGAUAUAUCAAAUCGAUGGAGAUGGAAAGGAUCAUCAUAAUUCCAAAGAUUUUCUACAUUCAGGCACAGAAGACGAAGAAGCUUCGACUAAAGAUAAUCGUACCAAUUGGCAAACGAAUUUUGACGUUUUGAAGCUGGAGAACGCGGAGAAGAAUAAUGAAACUGAUCUUCAAUGUUACUGUACAUCAGAAACAAAUCUUAUCAAUGUCGAGCGAAAGGAUGACAAUGAAAUUUUAUCAUCUAAUGAAUCGAAAGAAAGUAUCCUUGAGCAACUUAAUUCUAACGAGACGGUGACUGCAAAUAAAGAUAGCGUAGAACUUAAGAAAGAUGAUGAUCUUAAGAAAAUGAACAAUAAACGUAUCGAUACCAUCUAUAAUUUACGCGACGAUUUAAGAUUCUCUGCCACGAAAACAUCACCAAGUACUAAAGAUCUUCCUUCGGAACAUUUGCUUACUAAUAAAAAUGUCAGUGUCACUGAAAAUGGGAACGAGUUGAUUAGGCCAGAACAUCACAGAGAAAAAACAAGCACAAGUGCACCACAACGUUUCAACAAAAUGGAUGGAAAUGGAACAAAUGUUCAAAAUGGAUCGAAAAUUUAUAAGAAACAAUCAAAUUUGAUGGACGUUCUGCUUGGCGGCUUCGAUGAAAUUUUGUCAACUAAUAUUUCGCGUGCUUCCUCUUAAAAUUCCAAUAGUCAACUGAUUGAGAUGAAAAAUAAUAGAAAACAUAUUUUUGAAGUUUAGCAUUUUUAACAUAUAAUAGACGAAGAAGUAUCUUAAACAUUAUCUCAAUGCAAAAGCAAUACUCAUGCUAAAACUUUUCACGUUUAUUAAUAGAUAAAUUAUAUUCUAUUGUAAUAUUUUGUGACAUCGCACAGCAAAAAUAGUCUUGGUAAAUAAAAAAGCAUCUUGCCGCUUUUCAAUCGAUCAGUUUCCGUCGACGUGAUUAUAUGUAUUUUAUUGCUACCUUGAAAACAUCUAGAACAGAUCUUUCAAUAAAAGAUAAAUGAUAAAAAAUAUAUGUGUUUUCUGUUUUCGACAAGUUCUAGAAUGAUUAGAGAUGGAAAGAAAGAGUUUUCGCAUUAGGACUUGCUCAUGGACAAUAGAUUUAGCCCUACUAUUUCAAUCAAUUACAUGUAUUAUAUGUUGCCGGUCAGAAUAGUUACUAUACCAUCAACCAUAGUACCGUCUGUUCAUGCAUAUGACAUUUGUUUUCUACCUGCUGUCACCAUUCGUUCAUGUAUCGGAUUCAUACGGUGAGCAUCCACAAUUUUGCGGUUUGUACAACACUUUAACAUUCAACAAAAAAGCAGUUCCACAUUAUUUGCGAAAGGAGCAAGGAAUGUAGCAUAUACCAUUAAUAACAAUAUCGAUAAUAUAAUAUGAGAUGUAAUACAAGUAAUAAUGAUGCAAAUGUGUGAUGUAGUGUUUUUUUAUUUUAAAAGUAAUUGAUAAAUUUAGCAGAUGUUAUAAAGAUAAUUAAUGUAACAACUGUUGUUUUUUCACUACACGUAUUUAUUUUAUUGAACUAAUAUUUAGUCCCGCAUUUCAAAUUCAAAUAUUAGAUUGAAUCAGAUACUGAGUUUAAUUAAAUGAUUUUAAUGAACCAAUUUCGCUAAUUUAUUUAUCCACAGUCAUCGAGUUAAAUAGAACGGAAGUUUUUGUACGUAGGAGCAAAACAUUAAUACAUAUUGACACAUAUUAUUUGAACAAAGUAUUCUUUAAUGAGUUUAUCAUGAUUCUCAUUUCGAUAUACAUAACAUAUCCACAACAAACAAUAUGAUUGAACCGUAGUCUUUAUAAAAUUUUACAUUGAAUCAAUUAAUUUCUGUAAAGGAAUUUUCAGAACAGAUUAUUUUAAAAUAAUUUCAAUAUAGUUACAUCACACAUAGAUCACUUAAAAUAAUCGCAUUAUCAGCAACCUAACACCGCUAUUAUUCUCGCAAAUUUCUGGUUAAUAUUGCUGUCCGCUUGCUCUCAAUAAAUCUACACGCAUAUAUUACAUAGAACGUAGAUUACACGAUUUUAGACGAGAGUAAUUUACAUUGCAAACACGUAAUGUACAUGCAUGCGCAUGUAAGUGUGAAAAGGAUCAGCGGAAGUAACACGACACAAUUCACCGUGUCAAUUCUACUUGCAGCUACGGCGUAAUUUGCGACGUAACAGUCAGGUACGACAAACCGGAACAAAAAAAACAAGCUGAAUGGAUUCGAACGGUAUAACUGGAGUAACAUGGAAUCCUUAUCUCUAUCCGCUCCGGCGAAUCGGUCAAUGAUCGCAAUAGCGAUUCCAGAAAAAGACCGGAAAGGGACUGGCACUUUUCUUGCUUCCACAGUAACAUCUCCCGCUCAUCUCUUCUCACUGUCUUUUUAUGUCGCUGCGCUGUUAUCAAGACGAAUCACAUCCAAUACGGCCGAGAAUAUCGACCGACGCGGUGUCGAGAUUCCGCUGAUUAUCCGAUGCACUCGCGAUAAUUUAAUUGAACUCUUACCUCGUCACGUUUGGAUCGCGAUUGAAAUCGCCAUUUUCGCGCUGGCACCUUAAUCAAAUCGUUCAUCGCAGGUAUGAUCAAUACCAAGUAACUAUCUGAAAAUGUGUUAGUUGGAGAUGCGGUAAAUUAUAAACGCGUGUUUGGGCAUUUCGCUUCCUUCGCGCGCGCGAACUGGGCGGUAGAAAUGUGCAAAGUAUGCUAAGUGUAUCUUCCAACUUUGCACUUUCUCGCUGUCUUUAAAUAUAUUAAUUUGAUUCUAUUUAACUUUUGCUGCAUUAACUGUAUAUUAGAUAAUUAGAAGGAUCUUAUGAUAAACUAACUAUUUUCGACAUUGUCAACUAUAAUACAUGCUCGUACGUAUAUAUUAAUAUAAAGUAUUAUUAUAUAAGUAUACCUAAUGUAAUAAAUGUAAGACAUAAAUAUUGCUAAAUAAUAAUUAUUCUAAAAGUUUCGUCAUGCGAUAAGGAAAGCUCAUUUGCUCGUCGGUUUUGCAGAUCUUUUCAAACAAUUAAGUUAAACGCUGACGUCAACUUCGCGGAUAGACUUGAAUCCGUUCGAAAUGGACGGCAUCGAUUUUCUAUUUCCGGUACGGAUCGUAUCGCGCGAUCGUAACGUGCCAGCCAAAGUCGCGGGACGUUUCGCAUAAAAGUCGUGGCCGAAUGCAAUCUCCGAGCAGCGAUAAAGGCCACCGGAUACUUUCAGCUCGUUAUAUCGAUCCACUCAAAAUACGGUGCUAACUUCGUAGAUUACAGUUUACUCGGUGUCGUAGCCCGGCGUCAAAGGGCAAAGUUGCUUUUUCUCCAACACAAAAGCUGGUGCACCCGAAAUCUAAUUCUCCGUCAGCAGAGAGGGAGAGAGAGAACGGGACAUCCUGUGCGUCACGAAAUAAAUUAAAUUCUGCUAAAAGUGUCGCCCAUUGGCGAGUUAAUGCGGACUAUAAUUUCCUUUCCGUUCUUAAUUUACCUCAAAAUCGCACGAGUUUUAUACUAAACGGCCUUUAUUAGUAUCAUAAAUCUUGUUAACGCUCUCCACUUUGUCAUGAACUUGACCAUGCGUCUAUAAACUACAUCUUUUUAUACUUUCUUGUCGAUUAAAUGUCUCUUUUUUUAUCUCUUUUGUGCUUUUUAGAUCUUUCUCUGGAUAAAAUUAAAAUCAGAAUUUGAAUUUCUUCAUAAGGAUUAAUUUAAAAAAUUGACGCGACCAGUUAUGUUACCGUGAAUGAGAAAAAUCAUGCGUUGAGAGUCAAAUUCGUUUCUUCGAUUUUAUCGAGUAUAAAAUCGAUUCUGACCGAAGUCAACUCUAUAUCCGGGGAUGAGCAGCACCGUGACAUCAAAGUGAUUCGAUCGCCAGAAUUCCCCCGCGAAACUAAAUGUACACACGAAAGAGAAAACGACGACAAAUGGCCGCGGUGACGUGCAUCCGUAUGCGCGUGUACGCGACCGUAUGCGUCUGGCAGUUGACGAAUCAAAAGUAAACACCGGCAAAUGGACUCCACACGACGACGGCUCUCGUAACGCUUUACUGCGCUUUUAUCUUUUCAAUUACCAGCCGUGCCUCGCCAGCAAUUAAAUAUCGUUAAACUGUGCCCGAUUGCGGCACGAGAGCGUGAAGCUUCGCGGAUCUGUCGAAGCGACUCGUUUCAUCGUACCUUUACGAGCUAACACGCGUUAGCUGAUCUCCCCUCAUUCACGUUUAUCGCCUUCAUAUUUUAGCCCGCGAACAAUCAUUAUAUUGCCGCUAUAUUUAGCCAAUAAUAUUUUUAAUUAAUAGUUGAUAUAUAAAUCAGUAUGGUCAUUACAUUUUAACGAACUAAAGUCGAAGCAAUAAUUGGUAAUUAACAAUAUUCGGAAAAGAAAAGAAUUGUAUUACGAAGAACUGAUAAAUAUAAUUAAAAAUGCUAGUAAUAAAUGAGUACUCGAAUUGUAAAUAGAAAAUGUAGUUGUAUUAGUGGACAAGUACUCAUGCUGCUAUUAAGAUGAUGACUAAAGUUUGAUAACCGUUUGCGUAGCUUUAGUGCGAAACUAAUGUAUCUCCGAGUUUGACAAACGAGAAAGCUAGGAAUGGUAACGCAUGGAGAGAAACGUUAAGUGACUCUUUGACAGAAGAACUUGACGCUUUGAGUGGUUCAGUUCGUUUCAUAUAAUGUUAUCUGUUUGGAUAGUAAGCAAGUAGACGAUUAAAUCUCUCCCUUUAAGGGCCGCCUAUCUAACGUUUGUCUUGCUUGCAGAUUACACCAACUUGAGACCGUGCAAGAAGAACGUGGCAGUUUCAAAGCACAGAAACAACAGUGGUUACCGAAUUACAACUGGAGACCACUUGACAAGAACUAUGACCUGAGGUAUUCCG